GGAAGUUUUGCGGCCGAAGAUGAGCGGACGGAAGCGGAAUGAGGCGCAGAUGGAGCUUCAGGAGCUCCGGCAGGACCUCAAGGAGCGCGACGAUGGGGCCGAGGUCGCCGGCGCCGUCGCGGGUGGCCGCGGACGCCGGAAGAGCGCCAAGUACAACGUCUCGUACGAUGCGCUUGCGGAAGAUCUCUUUGAGGACCUCGACGACGACGACGACGUGGCGCCAACCAAGGCGGCGCGCGCGGCUGCGAUGGCCUCGGAGAUGAACACGAUCCAGAAGGAUUUCUGCCUGGACGUCAUCUUGGGCCGGCGCGUCAACUCGCGCACGGGCGCGAUCGAGUACCUCUGCAAGUUUGCCGGGCUCUCGCACUUGCACAUGCGCUGGUUGACGUACGAAGAGGUCGAAGCGUUCUUUCCGAUCGGCUACAUUAAGCGCAACAAGGUCCAGCUCUACGACAAGAAGUGCGCCAAGGACGGGUACGCCGACACGGACGAAGUCGACGAUCUCGACAUUGGCAAUGCGACCGUCGAGACGAUCUUGAACCACGAGACAGGCGUGACGAACGAAGACGUCGAGAAGCGGCUCGACGAGCGCCGGGCCUCGAUCGCGUACCCGCGCAAGUACCCGCGCGUCACGGACGUCUACUUGAUCCAGAACAACGCCACUGUCAUGGACCGCUGCGCUGGUAUUCUGCGGCGGCUCAUGGUCGACCCAGCAGCGGCCGAGUUCCUCGAGCCGGUCAAUCUCAAGCAAGUGCCCGACUACUUGGAUACGAUCGCCAACCCCAUGGACCUCGGCACGAUCCAGACGCGCCUUGCCCGUGACAACUACUACGUCGGUCCUUCCGCGUACGGCCUCUUGGUCUCGGACAUCCGGCUCGUCUUUAAUAACUGCAUUGCGUUCAACGCCGACGACUCGGAGAUCGUGGAGGCCGCCAAAGGUCUCUUGGCCGACUUUGAGAAGCUCUUCUUUGAAUGGAUCAUCUGCCCGUCGGCAUGGCAGCUUUUGCCGUUGACAGGCGACGCCGAAGAAGACGCUGAGAUUCUCGCGCAGUUCCACGGCGAAGUCCACGACACGCGCGCGCUCAACUCGUGGGAGCCGUGGGAGCCGGGGUGCUCGGUCUGCAAGAGCGUCGACGGCGACGACGACGACGCGCUCCUUGUCUGCGACCGCUGCGACAAUGAGAUCCAUCUCGCGUGCUUGGAUCCGCCGCUCGAGGCGACGCCGGACGGCGAGUGGUUCUGUCCGUACUGUGAGCUUCGCAUGACGUACGAGGCCAUGGUGCUUCCGAAAGGCGACGAGGCCAGCGCGUCUGCGGCCCUCGCUUCGAUCCCGCACGUGCUCACGGCCGCGAUCGCCGUCGACACCAAUUUUACACUGGACAGCGACGCGCGCACGGAGGACACGCGGCAUCAGAGCACGCGGCUCUUUGGCAACAAUACCAUGUUCCUCGUGCAGUGGCGCGGUCUCUCAAUCCGGUGCGCGACGUGGGAGCGGGCCCAGGACAUUGGCGACGACGAGCAAAUCGUGCGCUACUUCAAGGCCAACAAGGUCCCGACCGAGAAGGAGAUUCUGCAGACGACGUGCCAGCUGCCGUGCUGCGGCAAGCACAACGCGGUCGUCAGCAGCGGGCCGACGAAGAGCAGCAACUGCGCCGCCGACCGGUUCUGCACGCUCGGCGCCGACCACGACGGCCCGUGCAGUCGCGAGUGGCACGUCGAGUCUGCGGACGCACCGUACGGCUCGGCCGAGUACCGCAACCUGAAGCAGAUGGAGCAGAUCAAGGCGCAGCUCUUCGCCUUCCACUGCCUUUUGCACAACCACGCGCCGGACCACACGGUGCUCAAAAAAGUGUGGCGCCGCCGCGCUGGCGAAGACGACGCCGACUACUCGGAUGCAGACGACUCGUCCGAUGACGACGAUGACGACGACGACGACGACGAGCGCGUCCCGAUUCAGAUGCCGGCGUACUCGCAGCUCUUCCAGUCGGCACCCGGCAGCAACGACAAUGCUGAUGAUUCGAGCGACGAGGAAGACGACGAGGACGACGACACGAGCAAGCACGAAGCCGUCGACGAUGUUGUGAGCUCGGUCCUCGCCGGCAUGGUCGAGCACCUCGCGCUCGGGUAUCCCAUCACGCUCGAGGUGCCCAAGCCCAAGGUCAAGAAGGCACCGACGCAGAUGAUUGACCCGAUGACGUUUAGCAACUUCAAGAUGGACACGUUUGGGCCGCACCAGCGCUACACCGAGUACUUUGUGGCCGUGCCAAAGGCCGACGGCGGCCUCGGUAUGCGUCUCGGCCUCUCGGACGACGGCUGCGCGCGCGUGCUCGGCUUCCAGCACCUCGCCAACGGCAUGAUGGGCGCGGCGGAAGCCACGGGCGUCAUUGCACCCGGCGACAUCCUCGUCGGCGUCAACAACCGGCAGACGGCGCAGCUACCCUUUACGAGCGUCGUGGCGCUCAUCUCCGAGUCGAAGAGCUACGUGCUCUUUACUUUUCACACGCUCCGACCAGCCCACAUCUUUCCGAUGCCGUGCGCGCCCAAAACGAUCGAGCGCCGCUUCAUCACGCUGCCGCCGCAGGUCGACGAGAACGACUCACCGCUUUUGGGCACGACGCCACCGUCGCCGUACGUGCCGUUCUCGUAUCUCUCGCUGCUGCCGGUGGUCCGUGUUUCGAACCCGCUUUUGCGCCCCAAGUCGCGUCCGGCACUGGAAAACUACGCGGCGCCGAAUGGCCCCAUGCAGCAUGUGCUGGCAGGCAUUAUGAAGGGCACGCUGGACCCGCACGAGCAUUUUGCAAGCUUUUUGCCGACGAAGCGCAAGGCGGUCGCGACGAUUGCGGCGCCGACCGAGUUUGUCCCGUACGAGCAGUCGCCGACGUUCAAGGGCGGGCGCACGCUCCGCAGCUACCAGGUCGACGGCCUCAACUGGAUGAUCUCGUGCUGGAAGGCCAAGCGGUCGUGUCUCUUGGCCGACGAGAUGGGUCUCGGCAAGACAGUCCAAGUUGUCUCGUUCAUUGAGCAUUUGCGCACCGAAGAGGACAUUCGCGGUCCGUUCCUCAUUGUCGUACCGCUCUCAACGCUGCAGCACUGGCGGCGCGAGAUUGAAGACUGGACCGACAUGAAUGUGUGCGUGUACCAUGACGUCGGCGAGCGCAACAACAAGUACACGGGCAAGGACCUCCGCACGCUCAUUCGAUCGCUGACGUGGUACUACCCCAACAUGCCGACGACCAAGAGCGUCUUCAAGUUCAACGUACUCCUCACAACGUUCGAGACGGUCCUCGCUGACUUUGAAGAGUUUGAGACGAUCCAUUGGCGCCUCGUCGCUGUCGACGAAGCGCACCGGCUCAAGAGCGCGGGGUCGCGCGUCCUCAAGCAGAUGCGCGCGCUGAACGUCGAUCGGAAGCUCCUCUUGACGGGCACGCCGCUCCAGAACAACACGCAGGAGCUCUGGGUGCUGCUCAACUUUCUGGAGCCCGUCAUUUUCGACAGCAUGGAGUCCUUCAUCGAAAAGUACGGCCGGCUCCAGUCGCAGGAGCAGGUGACGGAGCUCCAGAAGAUGAUUGCGCCGUACCUACUGCGCCGCGUGAAGGAAGACGUCGAGAAGAGCAUUCCGCCAAAGGAAGAGACCAUCAUCCAAGUCGAGCUCACGAUGCUCCAGAAACAGUACUACCGCGCGAUUUACGAGCGGAACCGGUCGUUCUUGUACCUCGGAUCGAAAAACAGCCUCCCGACGCUCAACAACCUCCAGCUGCAGCUGCGCAAGUGCUGCAACCACCCGUUCUUGAUCAAGGGCGUCGAAGAGCGCGAGCUCGAGUCGCUCGGUGUCUCGCCUGACCCGGCCGACAUUAUGAACAUGACGAUCCAGGCCAGCGGGAAGCUCGUGCUCGUGAGCAAGCUCCUACCGAAGCUCCGCGCCGAGGGCCACAAGGUGCUUAUUUUCUCGCAGUUUAUCCGGCAACUCGACCUCCUCGAGCGCUACUGCGAGCAAGAGCACAUGCCAUGCGAGCGCCUCGACGGCUCGACGAGCGGCAGCGCGCGCCAAGCGGCGAUCGAUCGCUUCUCCAAGAAGAACUCCAAGUCGUUUGUGUUUCUCCUCUCGACCAAGGCCGGCGGCGUCGGUAUCAACUUGAUUGCCGCCGACACGGUCAUCAUCUUUGACUCGGACUGGAACCCGCAAAACGACCUCCAAGCCCAGUCGCGCUGCCACCGCAUUGGUCAGAAAAAGUCGGUCAAGAUCUACCGGCUCGUGACGCGCAACACGUAUGAGAGCCAGAUGUUUGACCGCGCGUCGCGGAAGCUGGGCCUCGAGCACGCGGUGCUGGGUACCGGGUCGUUUAGCGAAGCGCAUGCGAUCGAGCGCCCGUCGGCCGAAGUGCUCGUCGAGCUCCUCAAGAAGGGCGCGUACGGCCUCUUGGACGACGACGACGACGCGUCGAAAUCGUUUGUCGAGCGGGACAUUGAGACCAUCUUGAAGGAGAACACGCGGGUCGUGACGAACGAGGUCGCCAAGGACGAGGACGAGGCAGCGAGUGCGUCGGCCCCGAAGAAGAAGACUGGCAUUGUGUUUGACCGAUCGUCGUUUUUGCCGAAGGCUCGACCGCCGACGUGA